AUGAACUCGUCCAUGUCCCUUUAUCUGAGCAAAGGGGAUAAUGACCAAAUCUUGCUUGCCAAGUUGGAUAUAAAAGGCCUUAGAAACCAUGACGUGUUGGCUACGCAAAUCUCACGGCCUGGUGCUCCGGCGCGUUGCUCAGAGAGUGACGGUCGUAUGAUAUAUGAGGUGAAUGAGAUGAUAACAGAGAUGGUGCUCCGGCGCCUUGAAAAUCAAGGGUCGUAUGAUAUAUUGAUGAAUGGAUUUUCCUUACAAUCUACCACUACUCCUAAGAAAGCAAAUAAAGGGGGAGUCCUGGAGGGACAAUCGAGGCUAAAAAGAUCUGCGUGGUGGAGCCUGAUUGGGGCAAUGGGUAGUCAAGUCGGCAUUUGGGAUCGUGAAGCAUGGUGGUGUGACCCCCAUAAAUCCCGUGGGUUUGCUGCGAUAGUCAGAGGCAUUACUUCAUUAAAUGGGGCGUGGGACCCUGAGGCCACGUGGCGAUUUAACCACAGUAUCUUCGACCGUGUCUUUUACGGCCUUCGGCUUCGGCCUACAAUACUGCGGUCGCGAGGCCGAGAGCAUUUUGCCUUUGCAGCUUUUCUAUUGUUUUCAGGAAGGCGAAAUGCCUAA